GCAACUAGCACCUCCUAGACACGACCAUGUCGACUUUUGCAGACCUUAUCGGUAAAGAAGCCCCGGCGUUCUCGCUGCCCAACCAUGACGGAGACACGUUCGAGUUCAAGCCUGGUGCAAGUGGAAGGCCCACUGCGAUUCUGUUCUAUCCUGAAUCAGGUUCAUAUGGGUGCACUCAGCAGAUCUGUCAAUUCCGGGACGCCGUUGUCGACAAGGUCAACUUCAACCCGGACCGAGUUCAGAUCAUCGGUAUUAGUGCGAACACUGUCGAGAAACAGAAGGGUUUCGUGGAGAAGCACAGCCUGCCUUUCCCUAUCCUCAGCGAUGUUAAGAAAGAAGCGGUAGCCAAGUAUCGUGUGCCGCGAGGGAUGGCGGGGUUAGUACCUGUUGCGAGAGUAACGUUCGUGAUCGAUUCCAAGGGCGUUGUGAGGGACGCGUUGGAUACCACGAUGAACUACGGGGCGCAUCAGGGGUUCGUCGAGAAGUGGUUGACCAAGUUGGAGGGUGAGGAAUCGAAGAGUGGGGCUACUGCUAGAGAGACGACGGCUGCUUCUUAGCUUCUUGGAAUGCGUAGACUCUCCGCCAGGCGAACUAUUCAGGAAAGUGCACGCUCGUUAAUCCAGUAGACUCUGCAGUCAAGAGAAAGGGAACGAGAAUUUGUGGUGACUGUAA